AUGAAGCAGCCUGAUCAAUUCAUGAUCGAAGGCUACACCAUUACCCACAGCGCCACAGAAGAGUACGACAGCAAAGGCAAGCCCACACAGACCUUCACAGGAGUCUCCCUCAUCACAGCCCCACACCUUACACCCACCAUCACAGAUCUCACCUGCGUCGACGGCAGAUUUCUUCGGUUCACCAUCGACACCGUCGAAGCUCCGCUCAGCAUACUGGCGGUUUACGCCCCACACAACCAACGCGAACAGCAAUGCCGGGACCAGUUCUGGCAAGCACUCACCACACAGCUCUCCACUCACAGAGAACGCACCCCCCUUCUAGUGGUGGGAGACUUCAACGCACUAGCCUUAGACGAGCUCGCAGCCAUCCCUCACGCCACUGGCCCACAUUUCGUCCCAGGCAAAACUGCCGAGGAAGACGAGCCAGACGAUGCUGCAGAAGGCGACACCAACCAGCGACAGUUCCACGACCUCCUGGCCUCACAGGACUACUGCCUCCCACAGAGCUGGAUGCAAAAAGCACCUCGCAAUAGACACACCCACAAAAGACCCAACGGCGACCUCGUACAACUCGACCACGCCAUUAUACACAAAGACUGGCGCAACAUCAUCCACGACAUCCACACUCUUCCCGGCGCAGCACUCAACAGCAACCACUACUUGGUCAAAGUCGAGCUGCAGCUCCGCACCAAAGAGGCCAAACGCACACCCCCCAAACCACGCCACUCCAGAACCCCCACUGCCGCACAGCGGCAAGCCUACAACAACCACAUCAAGCAAAACUUGGAUGCCAUCACCCCUACCACAGACUACUCACAACCACCCCCACAGCUCCCACUCCAAUCACAACCACAUGAGCAAUGGCAGAGCCUCCAGGCGGCGACCAAGGAAGCCAUUAGCGACCACAUCCCAACCACCGCGUCCUUCCCCAAACACCCCUGGAUCUCACAAGCUACUUGGCAGCUCAUACAGCAACGUUCCGCCGCACGCCUCGCUCAGAGAUUUGAUCUUGAGGCCCAACUCCACAAAGACAUUAGAAAGCAAGCCCGCAAAGAUAAAACCCAGUGGCUAAAGGAGCGACUGGCCGAAAGCGAGGCCACUCUUGACCCUCGCCAAAAAUGGAAGUGGAUCAAGAGAGUUCGCUCAGACUACAAGCCCAGACCGAAUACCUGCGAACACUGGGCAGCUCCACCUACACCUUACACUGGCCCCACAGACCCAAUACACCCGGCAGCAGCAGUGGACCUCUCACCCAUCACCACAGCAGAGCUCAACGCAGCACUUAAAGAGCUGGCGCACAACAAAGCAGCAGGCCCCGACAGCAUUCCUGCUGAAGCAUGGCAGUGGUUAGACGACCAUAACCAAGAGGCUCUCUUGCGGGUCCUCAACCAAGCCCUGCUCACAGCCACCAUCCCGGAUGACUGGCACCAUGCAAUUGUAGUCGAAAUCUACAAAGGCAAAGGUCCCCUCACUGACCCUGCCAGCUACCGCCCCAUCUCACUUUUGAACACAUCCUACAAACUUUUCGCCAAGAUCAUUCACACCAGACUCCAAGCAGCCCUGGACGACAGGCUCAGGGAAACCCAAUACGGGUUUAGGGCGACGCGCUCAACAUCCCAGCCAAUUCACAUCGUCCGCCGUCUCAUUGAACGUGCGGAGGCCACAGGACAAACACUUUACACCAUCUUUCUCGACUGGGAGAAAGCAUUCGACAAGAUACACCCGGACGCCCUCCUCACAGCGUUGUCACGCUACGGCGUCCCACCACAUCUCACAGCCCUCAUCAACAACAUCUACACCUCACCACAAUUCACAGUGGCGGCGGCUGGGAAGCAAAGCACCAGGGAGCAAGCCAGCGCGGGCAUUCGUCAAGGAUGCCCGCUCUCACCAUACCUGUUUCUCAUAGUUCACGGUAUGGUUAUGCACGAUGUGGACCGGGAACUCACAGCUCACGGCGGGUCUCUUCCAUGGCUGUACAGCCAAAACCAGCCCUUCUACGACCUCGCUUAUGCGGACGACACAGCACUCAUCGCAAGCACAGCUCACAGAGCAGAACAGCUGCUCCACAUCCUGCAGCGGAUUGCGGCUCACAGCAACCUCCACCUGAACCUCAAGAAGUGCGUGUUACUACGCUCCCCCACUUCACAGAACACAGUCCACUUUCACAACGGCGCCCCCCUCACUAUUGAGCAGCACGCCAAAUACCUUGGCGUCACAAUUAGCAGCGACGGGUCUUCUCACAAAGACGUUCUCACACGUGUCGCCAAAGCCCGCAAGCACUUUAACUCUCUGCACCAGUUCUGGCGCAACACCGACCUCACACUGAAGUGGAAGUUACGCAUUUACAAUGCGGUCUUCAUUCCGCUCGUAACAUACGGGUUGGAAUCAGCAGCGCUCACAAAAGGCGAUCUCAACAGACUCGAAGCUUUCCACUCACAGAGUCUUCGAAAGAUCCUCCACUUCAAAAGCACUUACUACACGGAGGUGCUCAACCCCACAGCCCGCACAUACACCAACCAAGAGGCCAGGCAGGAGGAGAGUUCAAUGGAGAACAGUGCACUACAAUUCUUUGGCACUGGCUUUUAA